ACCUUGCCGUGGUGGGGGGGCUUAAGGAAAGCUUGAACAAAUUGUCAUUAACUUCUUGACCAAACCCUAUCUCGUUAAGGUAGAAGGCACAAAUACUUUACAAAGUCACCAACACCUAGACACACCUUUCCGACCAACGGUCCCAACAACCCAUUCAAUAUGGAGACACGCUCGAUGAAAAAACGUAAAAUUGGACCGCUUCCCGGGGGCGAUCGCCGGGGCACACCUGGAGCUGGCGCUGGGUGUCUCAGCAUGCGAACCGUCAGCGGUGAGGAGCUGAACAGGCGGGCUCCCACCGGAUCAUCCGAAAAUACUACAGCCGAAAAUGACAGACUGACUGACAGGACUACUCCAACGGAACCUUAUAGUCCAUGUACCAUCUCAUAUACACCAUCCAUUCCCUCCUCACCCCUUUCAAGCAGAUAUUCACCCACACCGACCUUGGAUGCUGCGCGGGAGGCAAAUGCCUUUUUACUCGCGUCCACCAAAGCCGGUAAACCGAGAGUGCGCAUGAAAUGGAGUAAAGAAAUGAACCUAUUCAUUAUGCGCACCUAUUACUACAUCACGAAAUUAGAGACCGACCUAACCACCUACAGAAAACAGUUGCAUGAACUCUUCUUACAAAAAUAUCCGGAUUUAAACGUUACAGAACAAAGAAUUGCGGAUCAAAGAAGAGUAAUAGUAAAAAACAAACUCUUAAAUCAGGAAACUUUAAAUCAAAUUAAAGAAGAAAUAAAGUCACAACUAGAAAUAGAAAAUGAAAAUCAAUUCCAUAUUAACAUUAGUGAACCAACAAACGAUGUAAUUCCAUGUUCUUCCACUCAAACAAUACCAAACACACAGCACAAUCAAUCAUUAAAUACAUUCUCAUAUAAUAUUCAAUCAUUACAAACAUUCUCAUAUAUCACUCAGACAUCACAUAAUAUGCCUACACAGACUGAAUUUGUUACUAUAAUGAUGGAAAACGACAUUGAUACGGUAUUAGACCAUAACCCAGGUACGAACACUGAAAUAGAAGAAAUUUGUUAUAAAUUCAAAACAGCACUAACACAAUAUUCAGGAAUGGACCCACUAGUCCGUCCAAAAUUGCCUAAACUUAGAUACAAUUCUCACCUAUUUCAACUAGUCAAUAUGUUUAAUAGCGAUAUCCUGUCCCGAUUUAUUUCCGACGACACAAAACUAACUGACAUACAUACGAUAGUGUAUUGCGUAGCCUUAGUUAUCUCUGAAGAACUUAACUAUAAGGUCACAGAAUAUAUUAGAAGCACAAGGCCCAAAGACUGUUAUAAACCACCAUGGCAAAUAAGGUUAGAAAAGGAUAUAGUAAAACUCAGAGCAGACUGUGGGCGACUCACCCAGUACAUCAAUAACAAUAGAUCCCGUAAAAUCAUUAAGCAUGUUAAAGCAAUAUUUAAAACAGGAAAUACACACACUAAACAUGAAAAUAGCAACAUUAAACCGGAAGAAUUUUUAGACACUUUAAAACAAAAAUUAGCACUCAAAGUUCAUAGACUUAAAAGAUACAAAAAGGCACAGGAAAGGAAAAAUGAUAACACAAUGUUUAGCACUAACGAAAAGAAUUUCUACAGAAACUUACACAAACUAAAAACAGAUACAGUAAACAAUCCUAAUGUGCCCACACAAGAACAACUGGAAACGUUUUGGUCAGGCAUCUGGGAACAACAAGUACAUCACAAUGAUAAAGCUGAUUGGAUUAUAGAAGAAGAAAAUAAAUGGAAUGCAAUUGAAGAAAUGGAUUUCACAGAAAUAACUGAGACAGACAUAAAUAACAUUACAGUCAGAUUGCAUAACUGGAAAUCACCAGGGAUAGACAAAAUUCAUAACUUUUGGUAUAAAAAAUUAUUUUCUUUACAUAAAAUCAUGGCCAAAAAUAUUACAGAUAUCAUUAUUGGUAAACAGAAAAUUCCAGAUUUCAUUGCUACUGGAAUAACCUAUAUGCUUCCAAAAUUACAGAUAUCUCCACUCCCUUCACAAUAUAGACCAAUCACAUGCCUACCAACUAUAUAUAAAAUAUUAACAUCAGCCAUAACAACAAAAAUCAAUAAACAUGUUGAACAUUAUAAUAUAAUAGCGGAAGAACAAAAAGGAUGCAGGCGAGGCCACAUGGGAUGUAAGGAACAGUUAAUAAUUGAUUCUACUAUUCACAAACAUGCGACUUCAAAAAAUAGAAACCUACAUUGCACAUAUAUAGACUAUAAGAAAGCUUUCGAUAGUAUCCCACAUUCUUGGUUGAUUAAAAUAUUACAAAUAUAUAAAAUAAACCCAAAAAUAAUAAACUUUUUACACGAUAUUCUGUCUAGAUGGAAAACCACACUUUAUUUGAAUACAAAUCAAAACACCAUCACAACUAGAGAAAUAGCCAUUAGAAAGGGUAUCUAUCAAGGCGAUUCCUUGAGUCCUCUGUGGUUUUGCCUCGCCUUAAACCCCCUGUCACAUUUGCUGCGUGAUUGUCGUGCAGGAUAUCGCCUCAAACACGAUAUACAAGAAACAAUAGUCUCUCAUCUCAUAUAUAUGGAUGAUAUUAAGUUAUAUGGAAAAACAGAAAUGGAAAUGAAAAAAUUAAUAGAUACUACAGCACAAUUUAGCAAAGAUAUUAAUAUGGAAUUUGGUUUGGAUAAAUGUAGAACACUUCACAUAAAACGAGGCAAGAUACGGCCGGGCGAUUAUGCAGUUAAUGAUAUCGAUAUAAUUAGAGCCAUGGAACAAACCGAACUAUAUAAAUACUUAGGAUAUAAACAACUUAGAGGAUUAGAUCACACAGAAAUCAAAAACACUUUAACAAUAGAAUUUAAAAAACGAAUUAAUGCUCUUUGUAAAACUCAAUUAACAAGCAAACACCUUAUUAAGUCCCUAAAUACAUAUGCUAUCCCAAUUCUAACAUACUCAUUUGGUAUCAUAAAAUGGACAAAAACAGACAUAGAACAAAUAGAGCGGACGAUUCGCACCACACUAACUAAGCACAAUAAUCUACACCCAAAAUCUGCAAUAGAAAGACUUACUAUCAAAAGAGAAUAUGGAGGAAGGGGCCUCAUUGAUUUGAAUCAUCUCUGUCAAAAACAAGUCGGCAAUUUAAAAGAUUUUUUCCACUUAAAAUCACAGACCAGCGAAAUUCAUAAAGCCAUUGUUAAAAAUGAUAUUAACUUUACUCCACUUAAUUUACACGAAGACAUAAGCACUCAAAACACUCGAAGAAACGAUCCCCAAAUACAAAAACUUGACAGCUGGAAGCGAAAAGUGUUACAUGGCCGCCAUCCUCACGACCUAGAACAAUCCCACAUAAACACCGCCGCCUCAAACAAAUGGCUUAAAAUAGGAAACCUAUUCCCAGAGACCGAAGGAUUUAUAAUAGCGAUACAGGACCAAGUUGUCAACACCAAAAACUACAGAAAAUUCAUAAUCAAAGACCCCUCAAUAUCAAACGAUAAAUGCCGCAAAUGCCACGUUCAACCAGAAACCAUCCAACAUAUUACCGGAGGAUGUACAACACUCACACAAACAGAUUACACGCAUAGACAUAACCAAGUAGUCAAUAUCAUUCACCAAAAGUUAGCACUCAAACACAAACUCAUACAAAACACAAACACACCUUAUUACAAAUAUAAACCACAAACAGUUUUAGAAAACGAUACAUAUAAACUUUAUUUUGAUCGCGCGAUACUUACAGACAGAACCAUUCACUACAAUAGACCAGAUAUAACGCUCAAAGAUAAAUUAAAUGAAAUAACCUACCUUAUAGACAUUGCUUCACCAACACCUAGACACACCUUUCCGACCAACGGUCCCAACAACCCAUUCAAUUUGGAGACACGCUCGAUGAAAAAACGUAAAAUUGGACCGCUUCCCGGGGGCGAUCGCCGGGGCACACCUGGAGCUGGCGCUGGGUGUCUCAGCAUGCGAACCGUCAGCGGUGAGGAGCUGAACUGGCGGGCUCCCACCGGAUCAUCCGAAAAUACUACAGCCGAAAAUGACAGACUGACUGACAGGACUACUCCAACGGAACCUUAUAGUCCAUGUACCAUCUCAUAUACACCAUCCAUACCCUCCUCACCCCUUUCAAGCAGAUAUUCACCCACACCGACCUUGGAUGCUGCGCGGGAGGCAAAUGCCUUUUUACUCGCGUCCACCAAAGCCGGUAAACCGAGAGUGCGCAUGAAAUGGAGUAAAGAAAUGAACCUAUUCAUUAUGCGCACCUAUUACUACAUCACGAAAUUAGAGACCGACCUAACCACCUACAAAAAACAGUUGCAUGAACUCUUCUUACAAAAAUAUCCGGAUUUAAACGUUACAGAACAAAGAAUUGCGGAUCAAAGAAGAGUAAUAGUAAAAAACAAACUCUUAAAUCAGGAAACUUUAAAUCAAAUUAAAGAAGAAAUAAAGUCACAACUAGAAAUAGAAAAUGAAAAUCAAUUCCAUAUUAACAUUAGUGAACCAACAAACGAUGUAAUUCCAUGUUCUUCCACUCAAACAAUACCAAACACACAGCACAAUCAAUCAUUAAAUACAUUCACACAUAAUAUUCAAUCAUUACAAACAUUCUCAUAUAUCACUCAGACAUCACAUAAUAUGCCUACACAGACUGAAUGUGUUACUAUAAUGAAGGAAAACGACAUUGAUACGGUAUUAGACCAUAACCCAGGUACGAACACUGAAAUAGAAGAAAUUUGUUAUAAAUUCAAAACAGCACUAACACAAUAUUUAGGAAUGGACCCACUAGUCCGUCCAAAAUUGCCUAAACUUAGAUACAAUUCUCACCUAUUUCAACUAGUCAAUAUGUUUAAUAGCGAUAUCCUGUCCCGAUUUAUUUCCGACGACACAAAACUAACUGACAUACAUACGAUAGUGUAUUGCGUAGCCUUAGUUAUCUCUGAAGAACUUAACUAUAAGGUCACAGAAUAUAUUAGAAGCACAAGGCCCAAAGACUGUUAUAAACCACCAUGGCAAAUAAGGUUAGAAAAGGAUAUAGAAAAACUCAGAGCAGACUGUGGGCGAAUCACCCAGUACAUCAAUAACAAUAGAUCAUGUAAAAUCAUUAAGCAUGUUAAAGCAAUAUUUAAAACAGGAAACACACACACUAAACAUGAAAAUAGCAACAUUAAACCGGAAGAAUUUUUAGACACUUUAAAACAAAAAUUAGCACUCAAAGUUCAUAGACUUAAAAGAUACAAAAAGGCACAGGAAAGGAAAAAUGAUAACACAAUGUUUAGGACUAACGAAAAGAAUUUCUACAGAAACUUACACAAACUAAAAACAGAUACAGUAAACAAUCCUAAUGUGCCCACACAAGAACAACUGGAAACGUUUUGGUCAGGCAUCUGGGAACAACAAGUACAUCACAAUGAUAAAGCUGAUUGGAUUAUAGAAGAAGAAAAUAAAUGGAAUGCAAUUGAAGAAAUGGAUUUCACAGAAAUAACUGAGACAGACAUAAAUAACAUUACAGCCAGAUUGCAUAACUGGAAAUCACCAGGGAUAGACAAAAUUCAUAACUUUUGGUAUAAAAAAUUAUUUUCUUUACAUAAAAUCAUGGCCAAAAAUAUUACAGAUAUCAUUAUUGGUAAACAGAAAAUUCCAGAUUUCAUUGCUACUGGAAUAACCUAUAUGCUUCCAAAAUUACAGAUAUCUCCACUCCCUUCACAAUAUAGACCAAUCACAUGCCUACCAACUAUAUAUAAAAUAUUAACAUCAGCCAUAACAACAAAAAUCAAUAAACAUGUUGAACAUUAUAAUAUAAUAGCGGAAGAACAAAAAGGAUGCAGGCGAGGCCACAUGGGAUGUAAGGAACAGUUAAUAAUUGAUUCUACUAUUCGCAAACAUGCGACUUCAAAAAAUAGAAACCUACAUUGCACAUAUAUAGACUAUAAGAAAGCUUUCGAUAGUAUCCCACAUUCUUGGUUGAUUAAAAUAUUACAAAUAUAUAAAAUAAACCCAAAAAUAAUAAACUUUUUACACGAUAUUAUGUCUAGAUGGAAAACCACACUUUAUUUGAAUACAAAUCAAAACACCAUCACAACUAGAGAAAUAGCCAUUAGAAAGGGUAUCUAUCAAGGCGAUUCCUUGAGUCCUCUGUGGUUUUGCCUCGCCUUAAAGCCCCUGUCACAUUUGCUGCGUAGAAGGCACAAAUACUUUACAAAGUCACCAACACCUAGACACACCUUUCCGACCAACGGUCCCAACAACCCAUUCAAUUUGGAGACACGCUCGAUGAAAAAACGUAAAAUUGGACCGCUUCCCGGGGGCGAUCGCCGGGGCACACCUGGAGCUGGCGCUGGGUGUCUCAGCAUGCGAACCGUCAGCGGUGAGGAGCUGAACUGGCGGGCUCCCACCGGAUCAUCCGAAAAUACUACAGCCGAAAAUGACAGACUGACUGACAGGACUACUCCAACGGAACCUUAUAGUCCAUGUACCAUCUCAUAUACACCAUCCAUACCCUCCUCACCCCUUUCAAGCAGAUAUUCACCCACACCGACCUUGGAUGCUGCGCGGGAGGCAAAUGCCUUUUUACUCGCGUCCACCAAAGCCGGUAAACCGAGAGUGCGCAUGAAAUGGAGUAAAGAAAUGAACCUAUUCAUUAUGCGCACCUAUUACUACAUCACGAAAUUAGAGACCGACCUAACCACCUACAAAAAACAGUUGCAUGAACUCUUCUUACAAAAAUAUCCGGAUUUAAACGUUACAGAACAAAGAAUUGCGGAUCAAAGAAGAGUAAUAGUAAAAAACAAACUCUUAAAUCAGGAAACUUUAAAUCAAAUUAAAGAAGAAAUAAAGUCACAACUAGAAAUAGAAAAUGAAAAUCAAUUCCAUAUUAACAUUAGUGAACCAACAAACGAUGUAAUUCCAUGUUCUUCCACUCAAACAAUACCAAACACACAGCACAAUCAAUCAUUAAAUACAUUCACACAUAAUAUUCAAUCAUUACAAACAUUCUCAUAUAUCACUCAGACAUCACAUAAUAUGCCUACACAGACUGAAUGUGUUACUAUAAUGAAGGAAAACGACAUUGAUACGGUAUUAGACCAUAACCCAGGUACGAACACUGAAAUAGAAGAAAUUUGUUAUAAAUUCAAAACAGCACUAACACAAUAUUUAGGAAUGGACCCACUAGUCCGUCCAAAAUUGCCUAAACUUAGAUACAAUUCUCACCUAUUUCAACUAGUCAAUAUGUUUAAUAGCGAUAUCCUGUCCCGAUUUAUUUCCGACGACACAAAACUAACUGACAUACAUACGAUAGUGUAUUGCGUAGCCUUAGUUAUCUCUGAAGAACUUAACUAUAAGGUCACAGAAUAUAUUAGAAGCACAAGGCCCAAAGACUGUUAUAAACCACCAUGGCAAAUAAGGUUAGAAAAGGAUAUAGAAAAACUCAGAGCAGACUGUGGGCGAAUCACCCAGUACAUCAAUAACAAUAGAUCAUGUAAAAUCAUUAAGCAUGUUAAAGCAAUAUUUAAAACAGGAAACACACACACUAAACAUGAAAAUAGCAACAUUAAACCGGAAGAAUUUUUAGACACUUUAAAACAAAAAUUAGCACUCAAAGUUCAUAGACUUAAAAGAUACAAAAAGGCACAGGAAAGGAAAAAUGAUAACACAAUGUUUAGGACUAACGAAAAGAAUUUCUACAGAAACUUACACAAACUAAAAACAGAUACAGUAAACAAUCCUAAUGUGCCCACACAAGAACAACUGGAAACGUUUUGGUCAGGCAUCUGGGAACAACAAGUACAUCACAAUGAUAAAGCUGAUUGGAUUAUAGAAGAAGAAAAUAAAUGGAAUGCAAUUGAAGAAAUGGAUUUCACAGAAAUAACUGAGACAGACAUAAAUAACAUUACAGCCAGAUUGCAUAACUGGAAAUCACCAGGGAUAGACAAAAUUCAUAACUUUUGGUAUAAAAAAUUAUUUUCUUUACAUAAAAUCAUGGCCAAAAAUAUUACAGAUAUCAUUAUUGGUAAACAGAAAAUUCCAGAUUUCAUUGCUACUGGAAUAACCUAUAUGCUUCCAAAAUUACAGAUAUCUCCACUCCCUUCACAAUAUAGACCAAUCACAUGCCUACCAACUAUAUAUAAAAUAUUAACAUCAGCCAUAACAACAAAAAUCAAUAAACAUGUUGAACAUUAUAAUAUAAUAGCGGAAGAACAAAAAGGAUGCAGGCGAGGCCACAUGGGAUGUAAGGAACAGUUAAUAAUUGAUUCUACUAUUCGCAAACAUGCGACUUCAAAAAAUAGAAACCUACAUUGCACAUAUAUAGACUAUAAGAAAGCUUUCGAUAGUAUCCCACAUUCUUGGUUGAUUAAAAUAUUACAAAUAUAUAAAAUAAACCCAAAAAUAAUAAACUUUUUACACGAUAUUAUGUCUAGAUGGAAAACCACACUUUAUUUGAAUACAAAUCAAAACACCAUCACAACUAGAGAAAUAGCCAUUAGAAAGGGUAUCUAUCAAGGCGAUUCCUUGAGUCCUCUGUGGUUUUGCCUCGCCUUAAAGCCCCUGUCACAUUUGCUGCUUAUAACAUUAACCACUGAACAAAGGGAGGAUGCACAAAUGGAACGUAUCGUACUUAUAACCCAAUCUAUUAGCCCAAGUAUUGUCAGGGUUUGUAGUCUCAAUGAAAUCAAAAGGGACUACACUCCUGGCCAGGCAAUAGUACAUCCAAUGCGCGGCGUCAACAGAGACCUGGUUUUUAUUGCGAUGUUACGAUUAGCCAAAGAUCCAAUAAAGACGGAUGGCCAUCCAUCACACCCUAUUUCAUAG